UUGUAAGCGGGGCCACUAUUACCGUACAAUUACAAUAUUUAAAACGAUUACGGUACGUGCACGGUUAGGGUAAUCGACUGGAUCGUUGAUAAAGUUGUAAACUAUACUAUAAACCUUUUGGAGGGAACUUGAUAUUGAUUUGUAUUGUGAUUGAUUUUUAACCAUCUGUUCCCUACACAGAGAACAACCAAACGUACUGCAGGAUAGCGUUUUCCACAUAACGGAAAUUGAUUUAUGCCAGGUAUCACAGUGUAUACAUAUUAAUAUUGCGAGUUACAGGAAAUAAAUUUUAACUGUUGUAAAUAGGUUGUAAAUAGGUUGCUUGUACAAGGUCAUGCAUGCCUAAAGGACGUGGCGAAUAGUGUGAAAUUAGAUUGAAAGAAAAUUGUCAAGUGGCACGUACACGACGUUGAGCAAACAUACUGUUUUAUUAAAAGUGAAAGAAAACAUUUUUGUACAAGAGGCUAAGUUACAUUCAUCAUAUUGAUUGAGCGAUUGACUGAUUAAUUGAUUUAAUAUCUACGCGCCAAAUUUAGUUUAUUCUCUGCGAAAGAAUACGGUGUUCUGCAGCCACUCUCGGUGUUAAUGAAUUAUUUUAGGUGACAGUUAAUCGCAGUAUGGCGACAUUUGUCGGGAUAGGUUGUAUGUCUGGAUCAUCCCUAGAUGGUUUGGAUAUUUGCUGCGUUGAGUUCACGGGUGACGUCUGCUCCGAUUUGUGGGGCUAUCGUAUACUGACUGCCGAGACUGUACCAUAUACCACAGAGUGGACUGACAGGCUUAGAGAUGCUGCAAAAUUUUCAGGCGCUGAUCUUAUUAAACUACACGUGGACUACGGGCAGUUUGUUGGGCGAACUGUUUCAGAAUUUAUAGAAAAGAACAAUUUGGCGAACGUUCAGUUUGUUUCAUCACACGGACAUUCAGUUUUCCAUCAGCCUACUGACGGAUUUACUUUUCAACUUGGCGAUGGACAGACGACAUCAACGCAUCUUACAGUUCCGUAUGUCUGCGACUUUCGAUCCAAAGAUGUUUGUCUUGGUGGUCAAGGGGCACCACUUGUCCCGUGCGGAGAACGUUUCUUAUUUACAAACAAUGAGAUGUGUGUCAAUUUAGGAGGAAUAGCAAAUAUCGGUAUCAAAGGACACAGCGGUUACGACGUUUCCAUGUGCAAUAUCGUGCUUAACCGUCUCGCUUCGCAGAUAAAUGGCAAAUUCCUUUUUGACAAAGACGGUCAGCUAGCACGGAGUGGAAGAAUUGUCAGUGAGGUACUUGAAAAACUGAAUGACUUGUCCUAUUUCAGACAGCCGCCUCCAAAAUCUCUGUGGAAAGAUUACAUUGAAAAAGAAAUAUAUCCGCUUUUAAAUAGGGAGCAAUACAAAAUAGAAGAUUUGUUGCGAACAUGCACAGAACACGUGGCAUUAAAGAUUGCGGAAGCAUGCAUUGAUGCCAAAGAGCUAAUGCCCGACGCAGUCAAUACCCCAAGCGUUCUUUUUACCGGAGGAGGGGCGCUGAAUAAAUUUCUUAUUGAAUUAAUCAUAGAAAAAUUGAACGGUCAAGCGUUUGAAGUGGAACAAGCAGAUGAGGAUACGAUCAAUUUCAAAGAGGCGCUAAUAUUCGCUUUCCUUGGAUUAAGGUGCUUGCUUGGCGAGGAAAAUGUAUUCCGAGAAAUAACAGGUUCAUCAAGUGACACAAUUUCCGGCAGUAUUCAUAGACCGCUGCCAGUUGGCACUGUCAAACCGAUCAGUCUGUUGAGUGCGAGAUAACUGUGCAGUUUACACGUGAUUGUUUACCUUGACACAAAUAACUUUGCUGUUUACAUUAUCAAUCUUAUCUGCAGUAGGUGAAGCAACAGUUGAUUUACGUCUAAUCCAUUUCUAACAGAAAUAUUUCACUUGAUAGGUUUAAAGAGAAAAUCGUUAGUCAAUAAAGUUGAUUCUCUAUUA